AUUUUAUGGGUGGGUUUAUACGUCAUUUAGACAAUGUUUAAUGUUUCAGAACUCUGGUUUCUUUUUUUUGUUUAAUGAAAAAAGGGGUAAAAAGCAUAUCAUCAAGGUGUCUGAAAAAGUAUCGUGUUGGUAUCUGUAUCAAAACCCAAGCUGUCGUAUAAAUACUACUACGGAAAAUGUUCAAAAGAUCCCCAGCUCUGCUCCUGUCACCCGCCUGUUUUUCUUCACAUUAUUCAUAAAAUGUUCAAGUUUGCUACUUUUUAAAAUAUAUUCACCUGCCAUUAAAAUAAUGAGGAGUGCAGGGAGAAGAACAAGCAUGAACCUGAACACGCUCAUUAAUUAUUCAUGAGCUGUCCAGUGCCAUCCUAGAAAAAAAAAAAAAUCCGUGUGCAACUUUACUCCAAGUCCCCAUAUUUACGACAGCUCCUGAAUGCAGCAGCGGGCUGACUGGCUCUGUGAAGAUGGCGGACUGUAUACGUGUUCCUCUGCUCCUGCUUUUGAUGUGCAUCUUGUCGUCUGUGAAUCCAAUUCGAGGAGACAACGUUGUCGGUAGACUUAAUGCUAAAGCUGAUAACGUACAGAAUCCAGCCGGAGGACCGGGGCAGGCUGCGGGGAUGCCGGGAGCCGCUGAGAGGAUCCUGGGCGCUGGGGCCUCGCUGCCUCGGCGGCGCUCUGCCGGCUGGAAGUUAGCUGAGGAGGCGGUGUGCAGGGAGGACCUGACCCGGCUUUGCCCCAAACAUUCCUGGAACAACAACCUGGCGGUGCUGGAGUGUCUCCAGGACAAGAAAGAGGAAACUGAGAUUGCUGCAGAAUGCAACCAUCUGCUGUGGAACUACAAGCUGAACCUGACAACCGACCCAAAGUUUGAGUCUGUAGCCGUGGAGGUCUGCAAGACCACCAUCUCUGAUAUUAAAGAAUGUGCAGCGGAGGAACUGGGGAAGGGCUACCUGGUGUCCUGCCUGGUGGAUCACCGUGGCAACAUCAGCGACUACCAGUGCAACCAGUACAUCACCAAGAUGACCACCAUCGUCUUCAGCAACUACCGGCUGAUCUGCGGCUUCAUGGACAAGUGCCGGGACGACGUCAACGCUCUGGGCUGCGGCAGCAUCAGCACCGGAGAGAAGGACAUCCACUCUCAGGGCGAGGUGAUCGCCUGUCUGGAGAAAGGUUUGGUGCGGGAGGCCGAGGAGCAGCCGGGGGCACACCCCAUCAAGGACGACUGUAAAAAGUCCAUCAUGAGAGUCGCAGAGCUCUCCUCGGACGACUUCCACCUGGACCGCUACCUCUACUUCUCCUGCCGCGACGACCGAGAGCGCUUCUGCGAAAACACACUGGCCGGGGAGGGACGAGUUUAUAAAUGUCUCUUCAAUCACAAGUUUGAGGAGGCGAUGUCUGAGAGGUGCCGCGAGGCGUUGACCACCAGGCAGAAGCUGAUCGCUCAGGACUACAAAGUGAGCUACUCGCUGGCCAAAGCCUGCAAGUCAGACCUGAGGAAGUACCGCUGCAACGCAGACUCCAACAUGCCCCGAGCCCGAGAAGCUCGCCUGUCCUACCUGCUGCUCUGUCUGGAGUCUGCCGUACAUCGAGGUCGUGUGGUCAGUGGUGAGUGUCAGGGUGAGAUGAUGGACUACAGGCGAAUGCUGAUGGAGGAUUUCUCUCUGAGUCCGGAGAUCGUGCUUCACUGUCGGAGCGAGAUCGAGGGUCACUGCUCCGGUCUGCACCGCAAAGGACGAACGCUGCACUGCCUGAUGAGGGUCGGCCGAGGAGACAUGGGAGCCAUCGACCCCAACUGUCAGAGCGCGCUUCAGACUCUGAUCCAGGAAGUCGACCCCGGGGCUGACUACCGCAUCGACCGAGCGCUCAACGAGGCCUGCGAGUCCGUCAUCCAGACCGCCUGCAAACACAUCCGCAAUGGAGACCCCAUGAUCCUGUCAUGCCUGAUGGAGCAUCUGUACACUGAGAAGAUGGUGGAGGACUGCGAACACAGACUGCUGGAGCUGCAGUACUUUAUCGCCAGAGACUGGAAGUUGGAUCCCAUCUUGUAUAAGAAAUGUCAGGGCGAUGCCGCCCGGCUCUGCCACACUCACGGCUGGAACGAGACCAGCGAAAUGAUGCCGCCCGGCGCCAUUUUCUCCUGCCUGUACCGGCACGCCUACCGCUCCGUGGAGCAGGGACGGAGGCUCCCCGGUGGAGCGUCUGAAGCAGAAAGCCACGGUUUGACUCUCUCCAGGGACUGUAAGGUGGAGGUGCAGAGGAUUCUCCACCAGAGGGCGCAGGAUGUGAAGCUGGACCCUGAGCUCCAGAGACGAUGUAUGACCGACCUGGGGAAGUGGUGCAGCGAGAAGACGGAGGCCGGACAGGAGCUGGAGUGUCUGCAGGAUCACCUGGAGGAUCUGGUGUCUGACUGCAGAGACGUAGUGGGAAACCUGACGGAGCUGGAGUCAGAGGAUAUUCAGAUUGAGGCGCUGCUGAUGCGAGCCUGUGAACCCGUCAUCCAGGCCUACUGCCACGAGGUAGCUGAUAAUCAGAUCGACACUGGUGAUCUGAUGGAGUGUUUGGUUCAGAACAAACACCAGAAGGAGAUGAAUGAGAAGUGUGCGGUGGGAGUGACACACUUCCAGCUGAUUCAGAUCAAAGAUUUCCGUUUCUCCUACAAGUUCAAGACGGCCUGCAAAGAGGACGUCCUCAAACUGUGUCCCAAUAUCAAGAAAAAGGUGGACGUUGUGAUCUGCCUCAGCACCACGGUGAGGAACGACACCCUGCAGGACGCCAAGGAGCAGCGAGUGUCCGUCAAAUGUCGUAAACAGCUGCGGGUGGAGGAGGUGGAGAUGUCGGAAGACAUCCGCCUGGAGCCGGAGCUGUACGACUCCUGUAAGCAGGACAUCAACAAACUGUGUCAGAACGUGGCCUUCGGCAACGCACAGGUUAUCGAGUGUCUGAAGGAGAACAAGCGUCAUCUGACUCAGCGAUGCCACCAGCGGAUCUUUAAGCUGCAGGAGGUCGAGAUGGUUGAUCCUGAACUGGACUACCAGCUGAUGAGAGUCUGCAAGCACAUGAUCAGGCGGUUCUGUACGGAGUCGGAGGGCAAGAACGUUCUUCAGUGUCUGAAACAGAACAAGAACAGCGAGCUGAUGGACCCUAAAUGCAAACAGAUGAUCACCAAGAGACAGAUCACCCAGAACACAGACUACAGGCUGAACCCAGUCCUGAGGAAGGCCUGUAAAGCCGACAUCCCGAAGUUCUGUCAGCCCAUCCUGAACAAGGCGACAGCCGACAGCGAGCUGGAGGGUCAGGUCAUCUCCUGCCUCAAACUCAAAUACGCCGACCAGCGUUUGUCUACAGACUGUGAGGAUCAGAUCCGGGUCAUCCUGCAGGAGUCAGCGCUGGACUACAGACUGGACCCUCAGCUGCAGAUCCACUGCACACAGGAGAUUUCCAGGCUGUGUGCGGAGGAGGCAGCAGCUCAGGAGCAGACGGGGCAGGUGGAGGAGUGUCUGAAGGUCAACCUGCUGAAGAUCAAACAGGAAGGAUGUAAGAAGGAGGUGUUGAACAUGCUGAAGGAGAGUAAGGCGGACAUCUUUGUCGACCCCGUCCUCCACACAGCCUGCGCUCUUGACAUCAAACACCAAUGUGCAGCCAUCCCACCUGGCAAGGGACGACAGAUGUCGUGCCUGAUGGAGGCGCUGCAGGACAAACGUGUUCGUCUGCAGCCAGAGUGCAAGAAGAGGCUUCAGGAUCGCAUCGACAUGUGGAGCUACGCUGCCAAGGUGGCUCCUGCUGACGGUUUCUCAGACCUGGCCAUGCAGGUGAUGACCUCGCCAUCCAAGAACUAUAUCCUGACUAUGAUUGGUGCGGGGGUGUCGCUGCUCUUCCUGAUGGGGCUGCUCUGCGGCAGAUUCACCAAACGCGUCACUCAGGAGCUGAAGGACAGGUAGACCCCGCCCACCCCGGGGUCAGAACACACCCACAGGAGAAAUGACCACCGCUAAACAGAACUACCCACCCCCCCACCCCUAUUUAGCCCCUUUACUUUACGCCCACCAAAACUCCACCUGCCUCCCCCGAUUCACCCCUUCAGUACUCCACCCCACUUGAUUUACAAACGCCCCUCCAGGCUUGUUUUUCACCUCUUCUUCCAUCGCUGGAAUGACAUUACCCACAACCCUGCAGGCUAAAGUGGGCUUGAUCAGUGACUCACCCGCUCUUCUGCUACAUGAGCCCCACCCACUCUCCAGGAGGCCACGCCCACUGCCGCCUCUUCUUAUUCAUCAUCUUUUUUUCUUCUUCUCUUCCUGAGCUUCUAUACAGAGCACCGGGUCUUCCUGCAGUUUUACCCCGCACUCACCUGAUGCAGUAUUACUUCGCUUUUUUACCCCCCCACCUGCCUUUGCUGUGGGGUGGCGGGUGAGGAAGGGGGUGGGGGUGGGGGUUGUGGUGAUAUGGGGGUCAGAGGUUAAGAUAUGGGGGCGAGGGAGGAGAAUGAAAUCAUUAAGUGUAAAUGUGUAGAAAGUGGGAAUGCUCAUGUAUAGAGCAGAUUAAUGAGUCCAGUAUUUUAAUGACUACAGUGUGUGUGUGUGUGUGAUCGUCUUUCUGCCACCAUAUUGUUCUAGUUUGUCCUCCUGCUAAACAGUUUUCGGGGAUUGUUUGGCUCUGGAUAUAUCCUCCUUUUUUUUUUUUUGCUGAUGUGUGUUAGUUAGAUUUUAUCGCCAUGGGACUGCCAGGCGGGCGGUGCCAACCAGCCAGCCCUCCACCGAUGAGAUUGGGGGUGCACAUCACGAACACUCAGCCGGCUCGCUCAAAGCUCUUCCUACAACAGGAAUUAUUUGUGGUUAUUUUUUUUAUUUUAUUUUUUAUUUUUUUGAAACGGCAGACCUGGCAACCUCAGCUCUCGUCUAAUGCAGUCCGAUUUUUUUUUUUGUUUUUGUUUUGUUUUUUUAUAUUGUUUUUCUUUUCCCCCAGCCAAACUGUGCCAUAAAUGCACCACGUCCACCUGCUGCUCCCAGCUUAGCCGCUUUCACCGUUUCAGCAGCUGGUUGGGACGUUUGCUUGACAUCGCGCACGCCGUCUGGAAAUGCUGUGGCUGGUUUCCGCCAUGCCGGGACGCAGAGUCGGGGGUGAUCCCAGUCUGAUCCGGGCCUGGGUGGAGCAGACAGAAUGGGCGAACUGGCUCUUCUUUUUUGUUAAUUUUCAUCCAGUCGUGAACUGGCAGAGCGGCUGUUGGUAUCGUGCUGGUUGGUGCAGAGAAGCUGAGAGCAACGCAGGAAAAGAAAAAAACAGAAUAAAGAAAUGAAAAGAUUCUAGAUUAUUAUAGAGAUGUGAACAUUUUUGUGUAAAGAUGAUACUGGAAUCACUGCACAUUUUUUGUUCUUUUUUUUAUAUCUAUAAAUAUAUAUAUAUUGUUUUGUCAUAGCCUUAUUUAUUUGUUUACUAAUGGUCAAAGGUUUUUUUUUUUCUUCCCUAUGAUUUGAAUGUUCUCUGGUUGCCUUUUCUCUAGCAAGCUAGCAUCCCUCCUUCCUGCAUGGGGGGGGAGGAGGGAGAGGGGAGGAUAUGGGGGAGGGUGCAGCCGGCGACGGUUUGGCCUCCUCUGGGCAUCGACCAGCUGGCAGGUGUUUCACGUAUGGCAGCGAACGCCUCUCCGGUAGGCAGUGACUCAGAUUUCUGCCGUGGCGACGCUGAAGACAGCGGCACGUUAUAAAUCAACUUUUUGAAGAACUGGAGCGGCUGUUAAACAUGGCGUCCUGAAUACUUUAGUGACUGAUCAUUAAUGACGCUCUGUUCCGCAUCAGACAGAACGAUAAGUCCACGUAAUCUGAGAUCAGAAGAGACGAGUAGGGCGACGGUGACGAGGCCGUACGUCGAUAUCUUUAAUGUGAUGAUACUUCAGGGGUUGACCACUGGUGCUUUCAUACCUGAUCAGUGACGUGGACGUGAAGACCGAAGAGGAUUCGGGGUUCAUUUCGCGGAGCUACAACUGUUGGACAAGUUCAGAAAACAGUUUAAUUCAAGUGUGACGCAGCCUUCGAAGACGCGCGCUUUAGCGUGAUAUUGAGCGUGCUUUCGGUUAGCCUGGUUUGAAGGCUGUCAGUUGAAAUUCAACAUGAUCUCAUGUUGUUUCAUAUCACAAUAUCAACUCUUUGUGGUUUGUCUCUGCUUUGUCGCAUCGGUGCCGAGGAAAUGAUCUUGGAUAUGAGCAGAGGAAAGAGAAACACGCACAAAUCCAAGAAAAUAACCAGAAACAUGCAAACAAAGUUAAAGCUCAAAGGUCCACUUACUAGCUUUUUGGGUGCUUGGACUGCAUGUCACGGUCUUCUUCAGUGCAUAGCGCUGACUCAGGUGUCGGAUUUGUGUAAUUACCGAAGGAAACGGCCGAACUGUUUCUGGAUCUGCUCAGCCUGCAGGUUAGUGCCGGAGGAGGAAGAGGCGGUCCAGGUUUCCGGUUUAAUCGCGCGGUGUUGUCGAGCUUUUUGGUCUCGGUUGGAAGACAGAAAGAAGUCUUGCUUGAGAAGGUCCCGAUGCCACUCGGUGUGUCUGUAAAACACUAAAUGAGAAUCUCUCCUCUCUCCCAGCUCGAGCCGAGCAUGUGUACAUGUGUACUAUACUGAGUGAUGACAUACUGUAAACUACGUACCGUGCACUUAGCCUGUACUCUUUAUUUCUUUUCUGAUUGUCGAAGCUUGCUGUGGUGAGCGCUGCCCUCCCCGCUUGUAAAUGAGACGUCCUGAUUCGUUGAAUUGCCUUCUUUUUUUUUUUUCUUCUCCAUCUGACGUCGGUUUUAUCAAAGCGUGCCUACUCACCGUCCCACCGAGGGAUCCCGCUGUACAGAACAUCCCAGAACCCCCUGCAGCACCCAGCAGAGGAGCGCGUGUGUGUGUGUGUGUGUGUGUGUGUGUGUGCGUGCGUGCUGGAUGACGUGUCUGUGUGUGUGUGUGUGUGUGUGUGUGUGUUGCCCACAGGAUGCUGUGCGAUCUCCGGUCGGUUCCUCGCUGUUUUCGCUGUCCCGAGCGAUGAUGACUAGAACACUUAGAUUUUAAGUUUGUGAUGAUAAAGAUCUUUUUGUAAACAACGUUUUGUGUCUGAAUCCAUUGGGCUCCUGAUCAUCUGAUUGAUUUUUUUCCCUGUCCACUUUUUCUUUUUUUUGGUUUCUUUUUGUUGUUCUGUACAGAUGAAAAUUGGACAGUUUGUUAAUAAUAAUAGUCUGCAAGGUUUCUA